GUUUUUCUAUCCUGCCAUUCUCAUCCUUCAUCACCCUUUCUCUCUUGCUACUCUCUUCUUUCAUCAUCGCCCUUCUCGCUUGCUAAUCUCUUCUACUCUCUUCUUCCAUCACCAACCUUCUCACUUGCUACUCUCUUCAUUCUCUCCCAGCACCUCUUAAUAUAUAUCAAUUUUUUCAUUUUCAUGGAUAUUGAUUCAACAAAUCAAGAAAAUGUUGGUGUUUUCACCAAGUGGUGCAACAAGCUCAAUGAUUUUCCAAGAAAGUCUAAAAAGAAAGUUGGAGAAAUUGCUAAGAACACAAAGCAAAUUGGCAGUGAUGAUCCAAGAAAAGUUUGGCAUGCAUUUAAAGUGGGACUAGCUCUUAGCUUAGUCUCAUUGUUCUACUAUACAAAUCCACUAUUUGAUAACUUUGAUCAACCAGCAAUGUGGGCUAUCCUCACUGUAGUUGUCGUUUUUGAAUUCAGUGCUGGUGCAACUAUAUCAAAGAGCAUCAACAGAGGAUUUGGCACAGCACUAGCUGGUGCAUUGGGUCUUGGAGCUAAAUAUUUAGCUGAAUUGAUCGGGAAAGAACGGCCAGAUCCUGUAGUUCUUGAGGUUUUGGUCUUCAUUGUAGGUGUUUUAGGUACAUUUACCAGAUUUUACCCCCAUAUUAAGAGGAGAUAUGACUAUGGAACCAUGAUAUUUGUCUUGACCUUCAGCUUGGUUGCUGUCUCCAGUUACCGGACUGAGGAUCUUUUUCAGUUGGCUCACCGCCGGAUAUCCACCAUUCUUAUCGGCGUCUCGACUGUCAUGAUCAUCUCCAUGUUUAUUCGUCCUGUGUGGGCUGGAGACGAUCUUCAUAAGCUUGGUAGUACAAAUCUUGAAAAAUUAGCAAGCUUCUUGGAAGGUUUUGGAAGUGCAUAUUUUCACAAUUCUGAAAUAGAGAGUACUGAAGGUACCAGGAACAAUGAAAAGGGAUUUCUUGAAGGCUGUUCAAGUGUUCUUGGUUCAAAGGCCAAUGAGGAAUCUUUGGCAAAAUUAGCAUGGUGGGAGCCCCCUCAUGGAUAUUUCAGGCUCGGUUAUCCAUGGAAACUAUACUUGAAGAUUGGUGGCCGUGUUAGAAAAUGUGCUAGCCAUCUUCGCGCUCUUAGUGGCCAUUUAAACUCUAGAUCUCAGUCACCAACCGAAUUUGAGAGGAAAACAGAAGAAGCAUGCAAAAGAAUGAUCACGGAAUCUAGCAAAGCCUUGAAGGAACUUGCUUUGUCCAUUGAAACCAUGACACAACCUUUUUAUUGCAUAAUCCACAUUCGUAAUGCAAGAAAUGCCAUUGAUGACCUAAAACAAACACUAGGCACCUCAAAAAUCUUCUUCCGACACGACGAAUCGCGCGUCAUGGACUUCUUUCCGUCCGCAUCCGUCGUGUCAAUACUCGUCGAUGUCGUUAAGUGCAUCGACGAAAUCUACGAGGCCGUAGAGGAGCUUUCGGUCAAAGCACGUUUCGUGAGGCCUAGAAGGAGAGAGAGGAGGAGGAGAGAUUUGUGUUCGACCGAAGCGGCCGUGGAGAGAUCGCCCCCACCGCCACCUCGGUCGCGCGGGUCGCAGAUACUGCACCGUGGGAUCGUGAAUCCUAUCAUGGAGGAUGAUGACUUGGAGGGAGAUGAUUUUGUUACGAUCGAGAUAGGUGACAAUGUAGAAUCAAGAGAGAGAGUGGUAGUGGAGGAAGAAGAGGAGAAUCGAGUGAAUAAUCCAAUAAAUGCCAGUAAGGGAGAAUGUGUUGUUAUUGGGAUACGUGGAAGCACUAAAACUGCAAUAGUGGAAGAGAAGAAAGGAGAAUUUACAAACUUAGCCGAUAUAAAAUUUUAUGACAGCAACACUCAAAUUCUCAAAUCCGCAUUGGUGACUGCGACAGCAAUAGUGGAAGAGACAAAGUUGGGUGAUAGCACUUUAUUUUUUGAACCAAAUGCGAUUGGGGUGAAAUACGCAGGGAGAAGAGGAUUAUCGGAAAUAGAGUAUUGUAAAUAA